AUGAACAACACAAACCAGCACGUCGAUCCUGCAGUGCAAAACGAGGACAUGAGUCCAGCCGAACAGGAGAAUGAAACGAUCGAAUCAAAGAAGCGUGUCUUCAGACAUCGACUGAAGAAUUCUGAAAAAAUGACCGAAGCCGAGAUCGAGGCCCUCUAUCAAGAACACAACAGUUUAUUGGCUCAAAUCAAGGACUUGUUCAAGAAGAUCAAAGCACGUAGCUUGGGCCCGAAUGAAGUCUUCAACCACUACGAGCACCACACAUACCGCUUUGCACAGUUGCGUGCACGUACACCCGCCUUACAAGAUCUUAACCUUCUGUCGACAGAAGCCAUCGACAACUGGUCCAACAUUCUCGAACAUGACAGAAAGGCUCGCGAAGCAAAAUGGGAACUCUAUCGGAGGUGCAAAGAAGAAGCGGAGUUUGGAACACUCUGCAAGAAGGUGUUUGCCUUUACAAGAAAGCAUUUGGUCCUUUCGAAGAGUGGUGCCGGGGUCUUUCGCUCACUGGAACGAAUCGCCUACCUCGACAGCACCAUCUUUGUGCUUUCCAAUUACCCCUUCACCGCAAUCAACAAUCCCAUCGUCAAAAUGGCUAAUCAGGCGUUUCACGAGCUCCAAGACACCUAUUCAACGGCCUCAGCUUAUAACGAAGGUGAUCCAACAACAUGGCACAACCACCUGAACAGACUUGUCGCCGUGCGCAAGGCGCAUCUCGAUGUCAUCCCUACCUUCCAAGAUGAAUGGAGAGCCUAUCUCGAUGCCACAGCGGAGUACAAGUUCCAUCGCGACGCGGCCAAAGUCAAAAACCACACUAUCAACAUCGACACCAUCUCCGACUCGGCUAUGGGCCAUGUCAUGCAGAUGAGUGGUGCUCAGACGAAAGCACUAAAAGCCUAUCACAAGAUCCUUGGUUUGGCAAGGGCUGAUCUGGCAAGAAUGAAGGAAGUCGAGACGCUUGCCAGAAAGAUCCUCGAUCUACGUGGUAGACGCAAAGUGUUCCGUGUUGAGGAGCUACAGAGGGCUGAGGCUGUGGUUUUAUGGGUCCAGAAGACCCGUACCAGCAUCUUCAAUGUGCUUGGGGAGAUCAAGAAGAACUCGAUCUGA